AUGUAUAUUUCUGCUUUUGGAGAGAGGAAUGAUCUGUCCUCUUCUGGAAUAAUCAAGAAUGGGUUAGACCAUGAGAAUAAGGAUAUUGAAAGUGAUACUAAUCGUAAUGUCACCUCUUCGAAACGCCGCAAUGGCCUUAUCAAGAAGGCCAAUGUGAUAUCCACACUAUGCGGUGUGAAGAUUUUGUUGGUGAUUUUUUCGCCUUCUGCACAACCCAACUCAGUCGAACAAAACUUCCGCACUCACCGUGAAGCCGUGAUGCAAAUCUUGUCUUCCCAAAUUACUUACCUUGAAAUGAAAAUUGAAGAAGAAAUGAAAAUAAAUCAAGCUUUGCGUGAGGCUGAAAAGGUCAGGCCUCCUAUUUCUGAACUUUCAUUAUCCGAGCUACAAUCCAUGAAACACAACAUCGACAUGCUUCGAUCUCAUGUUGUGCAAAAGCUAAUGAAAGUUCAUGCCCAAGCUAAGAUUGCUCAAAUAGGUAGUGGCAGCUUCUUUGGCUAUUCGUAA